CUUUUUUUUUCUUUUGAGCUGCAGCAUUCUACAUGGUACUAUUAUUGCGCCUUCACUAUUAAUGGUCUUUAUUUUCUGACGGAGGUACUGUAACCCCAUGUGAACAAAUUCAUACUCUUUCAUUUCCCUGCCUACACUACAAACUACAAACUACAAACCACCACUGCCUACACUACCCUGCUCUGCUCUUUCUUUGAAAACACAUUCCAAUCUCAGAAACCUUUCUUUUACAGACGAUCCGCAUUUGAUUUUCCAAUGUCUUGAUCUUUCUCGUCCUUAUAUAUGGCAUUUACUCUCAGGUUUUUCUCUGCUUUUGUCUUGUUCUUCAUCCCAGUUUCAUGUCACCCCAAUGAACUCUUCUUUGCUGGAUUUAAAGAUGUUGGUGCCAAUAUAACCUUGAGUGGAGUUGCAGAGAUUGGUAAAAAUGGCAUUCUUCGCUUAACUAAUGAAACCAGUAGAUUAAUGGGUCAUGCUUUUUAUUCUUCUCCAUUUCAGUUCAAGAACUCUACUAAUGGCAAAGCUUUCUCUUUUAGUACCUCUUUUGCUUUUGCUAUAGUCCCAGAGUAUCCAAAGCUCGGUGGCCAUGGUCUCGCUUUCACAAUCUCAACUUCAAAGGAUCUGAAGGCUCUCCCCAGUCAGUAUCUUGGCCUUCUCAAUUCAACUGAUUUAGGUAACUUCACAAAUCACCUUCUGGCUGUUGAAUUCGACACUGUUCAAGAUUUCGAGUUCGACGACAUCAACGACAACCAUGUUGGUAUCGAUAUCAACAGCUUGAAGUCUAACGCAUCUGCUCCUGCAGAAUAUUACACUGACAAUUCUACAAAGCUGGGUCUGAAUCUCAAAGGUAGAUAUCCAAUCCUGGUUUGGAUUGAUUACGAUUCAGUAGAGAAUCUUCUCAAUGUGACUAUUUCGCCCACCUCGAAGAAACCCAGAUUGCCAAUCUUGACAUUUCCGAUAGAUCUCUCACCAAUAUUUAAAGAAUAUAUGUAUGUGGGAUUUUCUGCUUCAACAGGUUUGCUCGCUAGCUCACACAAUCUCUUGGGCUGGAGCUUUAAGAUGAAUGGCCAAGCUCCAGCUCUGGAUCUUUCUUCUCUGCCUUCACUUCCGGCUGGUCCCAGAAAGAAGCACAUGGGUUUAACAAUAGCGGUCGCAGUCUCGUCAGUUUUUCUUGCAAUUAUCGCAUUAGCCGUUGCUAGCUUCUACGUGAUUAGAAAAAUCAAGAACACUGAGAUAAUAGAAGAUUGGGAGCUGGAGAUUGGUCCUCAUCGAUACUCUUAUGAAGAACUCAAGCAAGCAACCAAUAGUUUCAGCGACAAGGAGCUACUUGGGCAAGGUGGUUUUGGCCAAGUUUUCAAAGGUACACUUCCCGGUUCAAAGACUCAAGUAGCAGUCAAGCGAAUUUCAAAUGACUCUAAACAAGGUCUGCGCGAAUUCGUAUCAGAAAUCGGUAGUGUUGGUAGACUUCGUCACCGGAAUCUGGCUCAACUGCUGGGUUGGUGUCGGCGACGAGAUGAUUUUCUUCUCGUUUAUGAAUAUAUGGCUAAUGGGAGUUUAGAUAGGUUUCUGUUCGAUGAACCAAGAAUAAUUUUAAACUGGGAAUUGAGGUUCAAGAUUAUAAAAGAUGUUGCUUCUGGGCUUCUUUAUUUACACGAAGGCUACGAGCAGGUGGUGAUUCACAGAGACGUCAAAGCCAGCAAUGUCCUUCUAGACAGCGAGCUAAACGGCAAACUUGGCGAUUUUGGUCUUGCAAGACUAUACGAACAUGGCUCGAACCCAAGCACGACACGGGUCGUGGGCACAUUGGGGUAUCUAGCACCAGAAUUGCCGAGGACAGGGAAGGCCACAACAAGCUCAGAUGUGUAUGCAUUUGGUGCACUUUUGCUUGAGGCAGCUUGUGGGCGCAGGCCCGUUGAACCCAAGGCGUUGCCGGAGGAGAUGGUGCUGGUGGAUUGGGUGUGGCAAAGGUUCAGAGAAGGCAGAGUCCUUGAUGUGGUGGACCACAGGCUAAAUGGUGAGUAUGAUGAGAGGGAAAUGACGAUGGUUCUGAAAUUGGGGAUAAUGUGCUCAAACAAUGUGCCAAUAGCUAGGCCAACAAUGAGACAAGUGAUGAGGUUUUUGGAUGGAGAGGCUCAGCUGCCGGAAAAUUUGAGGGCUCCAAACGGAGCAGAAUAUGGUGACGGAGGAGGAAUGGAGAUAAUUGAUGGGUUUGAUGAUUUUGUGGACUCAUUUGCAUCUUCUUCGUUUGAUAAAAUGAGCUCAUCAUAUUCGUUUAUGGAACAUAGGGAUGGUGGUAAUAGUUUUGCUUCUGUUUCUACUUCUCUUUCUCUUCUCCAUGUUAGAGGAGAGACAAGGUAGCUAUUGAUUGGGAGGUUAUAAUUUCUUUUUAACAUUCUCUCUAAUGUUAACCGAAUGUAAAGUUUACAUCCUUUGGUAG